AUGCGUGGCCAGGCAAUAGAGGCAGGUUGUUUGGUUCCCCCACUUCAAUCCCUCAACAAGCCAGCGUCGCUGCGACGUUUAGUCUUGGCUCAGCAGCCGUCAGCGAUGGAGCUUCCUCUUGCGUCUCCCGCCAGCUGCGAGUUGCGGUCUGUUAUUCGUUUCCUGGUUGCUAAGAAGAAAUCGGCGAAGGAAAUUCACGAAGAACUUUGUCAAGUUUAUGGAGAAGAGUGUAUGAGCUCAGGGAUGGUGUGCAGAUGGGUCAGGGACUUUAAAAAUGGCCGAACAGACGUCCACGACGAAGCCCAUGCAGGGCGGCCAUUGGUUUCCAACAAAACAAUUGCCAAAGUCGAAGCGGCAAUGCUUGAAGAUCGACGGAUUACAGUUCAGGAGCUGCACGAAAAGAUUCCGGAGGUCAGCAAAACCACAAUUGACAAGAUUUUGACUGAACAUUUAGGCUAUUCAAAGGUUUGCGCAAGAUGGGUACCAAAAAUGCUCACUGCAGACCACCAGUGGCAGCGGGAUGAAGCGGCCAAAGAAUUUCUCGCUUUUCACGGAACAACCGAAGAGGAAUUUCUGGACUCUAUUGUUACUGGUGACGAGACCUGGGUACACUACACCACACCGGAAACAAAAAAGCAAUCCAAGCAGUGGAAGCACCCUUCUUCGCCAAAAGCAAAGAAGUUCAAACAAAUCCUGUCUGCCGGGAAAAUCAUGGCUGGCGUUUUUUGGGAUCGAAAGGGCAUAUUGUUGUGA